AUGAGUAGACAUCGAUGUAACGCGUUGUCGUCGUUGUUUCUAUCAUCCAACAACAGAAAGGAGAAAUAUAGGAGCAAUCCAAAAAGCGACAAGAGUGAACAAGCAACAGAGAGAGAUAGAGGCAUAGCCCGAUGCUCUUGAGUAGUGACUAAAGAAAGAAGGAGUGAGUGAAAGAGGCACAUCGAGGUCGAAGCAAAGUACACCAACAAGCAGAAUAGUAGGAAGAAGUGUGUCUCUUUCGAAAUAGUGUGGAAAUUUUGUAGAAAUACAAGCCAAGUUUGGAAAAGUUUCCAGGAUUGCGAGUGAAACAUAAAUUGUUAUUCAAAGAAUUGUUAGUGUUUCCAACCUACGAUUGAAAGCAGUUCUACCGGAAUUUGUUUUUUACAAUCCAUAUGCAUUUGCUAUAGUGUGAGAAAAUAGAAGCAGAAAAGGUAAAUUUGAGCAGCGAAGUAUCAGUGAAAUUAUCAUUUUCAUUCAGUUUAAAGUCAAAAGCUGUUAAAAUUCCUUUUGCGAUUGUUGUAUAUUUCGGGCUCUAGAAAAGUUCUUGUAAAUAGUUUUUCACAAGUUCCUGGAAAUCAACGUAGUCGCUGUUCUGGAGGAAAAACUGUCGUGUUGCUGCUGUAGCAGCAAUAUUGGAAUCAUUUUCUUUGGACGGAAUCAUAGUUCCGAUUGGAUCAAGAGAUUACGUUCGGAAAAGCGGCCAACGCCCCCUGUAUCCCAUCAGAGGGAUAGCGAUCCGGAGCUGCUUUAUAAAUGAUCCUGAUCUAAUCUUGCGGUCAAAAAGUGCGUUUUUGUGAACAAGUGCUUUCUGCUUCAAAUAAGGAAGAAGGAAAUUUGACGAAAAUUUCCUUUAUAAAGUGCGUACAAAUUUUGUCCCCAAAAGAAGAGUAAUUACAAGCAGUAAGCAGUAGUGAAAACAUAUAAAAUGUUUUGAUCCGGAUUGUUUAUCCGGACGAGGGAAAAGGCUUAGAAAUCAGAAAGAGUGUUUCUGGAACAGCUCUUUCGAAGCUAAUUCUUCGCGUUUCCCAGGCAAGUGUUCGACCAGGUGUUAAUCCAUCAGUGUAAGUGUAUUUCACAAAUCAGUGGUCUAAUAACGAAAGAAAGGGUCAGCCUGACGAAUUGUGCCCAGGCCUUUGGUUCUAAAAAAUUGUGAAUUGCGAAAGCGGUCAUCAUCACCGUAAGAUGAUGUAACUAAGUUCAGCACAUCGCCAUGUGCGAACUCAGUUUCCGUUUAGUCACGGUCGUUUUAAUCCUCCGGCUUAAUCCGUCGAGCGGUCCCAGUUCCGUCUAGCAACGUGUAUCCGUGUUUGGUUCGUGUUUUAAGCCAAAAAAAAAAAUCUCGUCCGAUUUCACCUCCGCGUCCUGUGUAUCCUCGGUAAGUGUCAUCUGUGCUUUUUCUUUGAAAAUUCCACUUCAGUGUGAGCUGACGGGCCACCGAACGGAAAAUCGCCUCCAUGAAGCACCUGAGGCACAAUGGUACGCGAGACUCGACAUCUUUGGGUAGGGAACUUACCCGAAACAGUACAAGAGGACAGGAUACGAGAACAUUUUAAAAGAUCAACCCCAGUCAAUCAUCAUCGAAUAUCGUCCAAUAGCUGGUACAGCAGCAGCAGCAGCAGUGCAACCAGUAGCAGCGCCAGCGGCGAUAAUCCAUCGAUCUCGCAGCAUCCGGCCUCCGGUGCUGGUCCACUGACGCCUGCACGUAACCUAUACAGUGCUGUCGUUGUCCAAUCGGAUACCUGCAAUACAGCGUCGGCGGCCUCCCCUGCGUCAGCGCCUUCCUCGUUGAGCACGACUGCUACCACCGGAACCGUCGGACCAGCACUGCUGCCCACCACCGGUAGCGCCGAUCGUAUCCACAACAACAACAGCUAUGACAAGCUUGCUCUGAGGAAGAAGCAGAAAUCACGCUCGUCCGAUUCGGAAUCGCCCAGCGACGGGGGACACCACCAUCAGCCGCAGCAUCAUCACACUUCGCACCAUUCGCGGCAUACUUCUCCGAUCUCAUCGUCGAAUCACGUUCACCAUCAUCACCAUCAUCACCAUCCGGGACAAAACCACAAUCACUUCGGUGCUGCUACCAGUGGCAGCCAUUCCUCGCAACAUACGCACAUCAACCGCAGUGAUCGCUCCAACUCCAGGUCUCGGUCGCGAUCGCCUAGUUCUUCUUGUUCCUCCACUAACAGUACUACCACCAGUCAGUCGAACGAAACUUCGUCGACAACCAGAAGCCCAGCCACACUUAUCCUAGGGGGAGGCAAUAGCAGUGCUCCGUUCGGUAGUGGUCGAGAAGUUCGUUCGGAUCGAUUAGACCGUGAGCAAAUCUGCAGCCGUGGAAGUCUACAGUCAGCGGUAACCGUUGGUAGUGGGAACAAUAAUGGUGGAAGCAGUUCAGGUGCUAGUAGUAGCAGUGGCUCCGGUGGAGGAAAUUUGAACUGUCACUCGGAGGAUAACAGACCGCUCGCCAUCUGCGUACGUAAUCUACCGGCCAGAUCGUCCGAUACUUCCUUGAAAGAUGGAUUAUUUCACGAGUACAAGAAACAUGGAAAAGUGACAUGGGUGAAGGUUGUGGGACAAAGUACCGAUCGGUAUGCACUAGUGUGCUUUAAAAAGCCGGAGGAUGUUGAAAAGGCAUUGGAAGUAUCCCACGACAAGCUAUUUUUCGGUUGCAAGAUUGAAGUAGCACCCUACCAGGGCUACGACGUUGACGAUAACGAGUUUCGGCCGUACGAGGCGGAGUUGGACGAAUACCAUCCGAAGUCCACCCGAACUCUGUUUAUCGGUAAUCUUGAGAAAGAUAUCACUGCUGGCGAGUUACGGAAACAUUUUGACUGUUUCGGCGAAAUAAUUGAGAUCGACAUUAAGAAACAAGGAGUUAGUGCGUACGCAUUUUGUCAAUAUUCGGACAUUGUUAGUGUAGUGAAAGCCAUGCGUAAAAUGGACGGUGAACAUUUGGGUAGUAAUCGAAUCAAGCUUGGGUUUGGUAAAUCGAUGCCCACAAAUUGUGUAUGGAUCGACGGAAUUUCGGAUAGUGUUGGGGAAGGAUAUCUGGAAUCUCAGUUUGAUCAUUUCGGAGCAGUUUCUCGGGUGAACAUUGAUCGCGAAAGGAAACUGGCGUUAGUUUUCUUCGAACAAGUUCAGUGUGCACAGGUUGCCGUGAAAGAAAUGCGUGGUGCAACGUUACGUGGCCGUAAACUGCAAGUAGAUUUUGCCUCGCGUGAGUGCCAGGAUGCUUUCUUUGAUAAACUGGACAAACAAGCAAAUCCGUCGUUCGGUUCGCCGCGUUUCGAUUCCGGUACCGGCGGUCGAUACAGUAAUAGUCGGUACGUGGAAGGUUCCAGUCGAAGCAGGGCCGCUUCCUUCAGCAGGCCCAAUAAUCCUCUCAGUCUUAGUGGAGCCGUUUCCCCUAGGCUCGAUCCGUCGCCUGUUUCAUCCAAUAGGGGCGGAGGAGCCGGAAGUAAUGCAAGUACUCGAUCUCGAAUUGUUCGAUAUUCGAACGAUGAUUACUAUCUAGACGGCGCUAACAGCACUCACAGCAAUGAUAGGAGGUUUCGUAGCUACGACGAAUAUAGUCAAGGUUCGGCAGCCAGUUCACACGAGGAUCCGUACGAGCACGACGGAUACAACAGCAGUCACGCGCGGAGUAGUGCUCACGAUCGGUUGCAACCGCCGCCGACUUCGGAUUCUCCUCCACCGAUCGUGACAACAAGUGGAUUGUCGUCGUCGAUACAGUCCCGCUUGGGAGAGGUAGAGCCUCUUGUUGGCAUAGCCAGGAAGCGAAAUGAGAAAAGUCCAGGUGAUAUACGAUAUUUACAGAAAGAAAGAGUGCAUAUUUUAGAACAAUUAGAAGAAUGCCCGUCCAGUGGUGAUGAGUUAGUGAGUCCAAAGAAACGUAUCAAAUACAAUUCGGAUGCUCACCAUGGCAUUGACCCAUCUGAUCAUCAUCAUCCACAUUAUUCUUCGGAGGGUGUGAACGACACGGCCUGUAGUAGUGCGUGCGAUACGCCAGUGAUGGGUUCCGCGGGGGGAAACGGCACCGGUGUGCAUCAUCUCUACGGUAGCAGCGGCGGCAGUAGCAACCACUACAACAGCCACCAUCACCAUCAUCACCAUAAUAGUAGUGAGAAUUGUGUGCAGCCUGGUUUUCCAUCCUCUGCGGUCGCACAUCACAGGAAGUGCGUCGAAGUACGACGUCUCUCGGACUGCAACUUGCAGCAAUCAAAAUCAUUAUCAAACCAAUCAACGCCUUCAUCUAUGCAUAGUAAUAAUAACAGCAGAAGACCGUCCACUGACAGCACUACGUUGCAUCAAAGACAUGGUAGCAGUAGCAGUAAUAGUUCUUCCAGUUUACAACAAUCACAUCUAGAUAGUGGACACCCUUAUCCGCAUUCGUUGAGUAAACGGCGGAAAACGAUCCUAAACAGUGACAAUAGUAUGACUGUUAUUGCAAGUGCUGGAGCAUCAACGGCGUCGUCGUCCAACGAGCACCACCACUCGUCACGUGGUCGAGGCCACCAGUUACACUCGAUACAUUCCCACGAGGCAAGUGGAGGUGAAAGUGCUGAUGGAUCAAGACCUGGAACACCACUUUGUGAUGAACGACCAGAGAAUCUUCCGCCUAGUGAACCCCGACGAAUACCUACCAGUCGGACACACAAUCAGGAACCGCUAAGCCUACCAUUACCACGAUUUGCGAUACAGUUUCUGCAACAGUAUCGGUUACAGAACCAAUCGCAGUUACAAUCUUCGGCGACGUCGUCAUCAGCAGCGAUGAUCGCUGCUUCAACGCAUUCGUCUACGGGGGUCUUGCCCAGUUCAUCGCUUCAGCAAGUUUCUUCAUCAUCGUUAUAUCCAACCGUGUCCGGCUCCUCGGCACAAUCACAAAGCGCUCUAAGCUCUUUGCAUUCCGCGUCGUCCAGUGCUGCUAUGAGCGGUCCAUCUUUGUUUGCAUCUAAUUCUAGUCUAUUAAAUAACACGCUUUCGAGUUCCCCGCCAACGCACUCAUCCAAAUUGUCCCUGGCGAUACCACCGAGUUUGGGUUCAGGAAGUAAUACUGACAGUACCCAAGCAUCUACCAGUUGUGCGACAAACACUCAAGAACAUGGAGCUCAAGCACCAGCCAGUCCACUGAGAGCACCAUCUGUCAGUUCCAAUUCAAGUGACUCUGAAGCUGGUCCCUCAAUAUCCCCUUCGCUAGAGGAGAGAAUAAACCGGCUAGAUGAAAUGUAUGAAAAAUGGUCCGGAAAUAGCCAGUCUCGGUUGAACAAUUCAUCGUCUGAGCAUCAUUUUAGCGAACGGCAUCACAACCACACUCUGUAUCUUCAUAAUCACAUCGGUUCCGGUGCAACAUCUGGUAGCCUAAAUCAAUCGCCCGUAUCGAAUGUUUCGUCGUCUUCUACGUCGUCGUUUAGGCACAAGUUUCUGGAACUUGACGUACACGAAGUCCCUCCAUCUGAUAUAGUGAAAUCUGUUCUCUCGCGAAAAUCAAUCUUCGACGAAGAUCUCAAACGGUUGGAAAACAUCAGUGACAAAUACGAACCGGGUGUGUUCAUUAAUUACACCAAAAAUAGUGUCAAUAUCAACGCUACUGGUUUGACGAGUACAACAACGGUGUCUCCAGUGAAUACGGUCUUAGCCUCGCAGUCACCGCUACAUGCGCUGAAAGCACAGACACCACCGGCAACUAGUUUGCAACGGCUAGGCAGUAGCAGCACAUCUGGAUCACCUAUGAACAGUCCGCAACCGUAUAAUAGUCCAAAAACAACGGUAAAUUCCUGUCUUCAGUAUCCGUUUCCGAGUCAUCCGCCUACGAUGCCGUCAGUAGCGGUUACCGCGUCUGCUUCUGUGGGUGCGACCCAUACAGCGUUAUCUGUGACGUCACCUUCAACAACUAGCGCAGUUACAACAACCGGUAGCACUAACAGCGGAACGAUCGUCACCUCCCACUGUUCUAGCAACACAAUGUUUACCGUUUCAUCCUCUCCUUCACCAAUAUUCACCAGUGCAACAAGCAGUUCAACGACUUCUGUUCCGAUGAAUAGUUGGGCGAUAGCCUCAAGUAGUCACUCCGGUACGACGGCUCUAACAACAACAUUGUGCAGGAGCAAUUCGGCUACCCCAACAAGUAAACCAAAGACCAAUGUUUUAAACAAAAGUAUUAGUUUAACGGAAAAAGCAAGUACAAAUAUUAGUAGUAACAACAAUAAUAACUUAACGUGUAAUAGUAAUAAUCUAACGAGUACUAGCGGUAGUUGUAACACUAGCGUAAAUGAAUCAUCUGCAACGGUAGCAAGUACGAACAACACUAUUGCAACGACAACGAGCAUAACAACACUGAAAGUAUCCUCAACGAUCUCUUCUUCUUCUUCAUCGACAUUGCCAAACGAAGUGACUACUACUGUGGCUAGUGAUGUAUUAUCAGUCGCACAUGAGACGGAUCCACUAGUAUCAGCAAGUGCCAGUUCUUCAACCACCAGCACGAAAUUGCACUCAUCUUCAACUUCAAUUUCAAGUAAUCCUAAAAGCGCUACACAUACGACGACAGCUCCGCCUGGUAGUACAAAUUCCGGUACAAUUAGAUCGAACAACAUACCUACACUUUCAACGAACACUUCCGCAGAGGGGGUACAGCAACAUUCCAAUAAUUCUAACACUAACAACAAUGGCGGUAACAGUAGCAAUAGCAAUAGCGAGAAAGAGGAUAAGCAUAGUAGUAAUGGCAGCUCUGGGUCUAAACAUCACAAAGACAGACGGAAACUUUCGACGGCUUCUUCAUGUUCGACGAGCUCGACCGGGUCGUCUACGCCAACUACCUCCUCAAAUCAUCCUCCAUCGUUAGAAUCGAAACCAUGUGAAGCUUCACCUAGAGAUGAGAGCCAUUCCCAGGGUCCCCAUCAGUCAACAUUAUCGGUUAGCGGACAUUCUAGUGCAAAAUACAAUAAGCAAACAAAAUCAAACCAUGUUCACAGUCACAGCCACAGGCAUUCUUCUGACAGUUCAAGUAGCGUCAGUAGUAACGCACCUUCGGGUACCGCUUCCAAAAGUGGCAAUAGUCGAAACGAUUCUGAUGAUACAAAUGAGUUUGAUCGGUUGAAGCUGGAAGUACCGGUGAACAGUGUCACUCUAAAAGGUGCGUGCUUGAAUCGCAAGGAAAAAGAAGAGCAGGAGCGCGAUGCGUUGGACAAAGACAAAGAUUGCAAACUUCAAGAAUCGCAUCUUCACAGAGAGAAAGAAGAUUCGAAGCGAAUACAGGAACAGAAGAGUAAAGAAGUCGAUGAACAGAGGCGUAAACACAGGGAGGAGAACGAACGAAUUGAGCAGGAAGACCGUAACAAACUGCUAGAGCGAGAAAAGGAACACAAAUCGCUCAAGGAACGAGACGAGAAAGAAAAGGCUGAUCGUGAGAAACGCGACAAGGAAAGAGCCCGACUAAUUCACGAUUCAUCGAAUGAGACGAUAGACUCCGAGAGCAAUGUUUCCGCUCACAAUGCGCGUGACGAGUUGAUGAAUCAUCAGCAAAAAGAACGACGCAACACUUUCAGUUCUGGAGGAAGCACGUCACCCAUUAGGAGUUCGUCUAAGCGUCGAUUGAGUUCACAAGAUAGCAAUGAUUCUCAUGUGGACGAAACCACUGCUACUAAGAAACACAAGCAGGACAAUCACGAAAGUGAUCAUAUUUCCGAGAGAAAAGACUCUGCAAAGGAGGGUAAACGAGAAAAACAUCAUAAAAGUUAUUCCCGUUCUGAAAAAUCGUGCAAAUCGUUUGGUAUGUCAUCGGCACCUUCGGAAAAAUCGGCUUCACAAGCGAACGUUCUUAACAGUGCAAGCAAAAAUGAUAAUCUAGACGAGAAGCAUCAGUUUGUCUUGGAAGAACGGCGUAAAGAAAUCGUCUUUUCCGGCGAAGAACAAAUGCAGCAGAGUCAUCACCAUAAGAAAAAGGAUCGCUACCAUGAAAAGCAUAAAUCUAAAAAAGAUCGGGACGCGUUUAGGGAUAAAGAAAAUACCCAGAAUGUCAAUUUCUCGGUGGAACAUUUUGCUGAUCAUCGAUCCACUAGUGAUGAGGAGGAUCAUGCUCGUGUCCAUCACAAGAAGGAACGCAAAAGCUCAAAAGACUAUGGCAAGCGUUAUCAUAGCGAAAGUGGUGUCGAUUAUAAAAAGUAUGACCGCAAGCUGAGUCGUGCGGAAUCUUCCGCAGAUGAGGAAGGAAGGCGAAAGAAAAAUCAAACAAAUAAUCGUAUGAAACACAUCAACAACAGUUCAGACACUGACGACUCCGAUGAACCCAAAAAGCAUUCGAUUUUUGACAUCCCGGACGAAGGACCCAACAUCUCAAUGUAUGACAAAGUGAAAGCCCGGUCCUGCAAGAAUAUGCAAAAACAGGAGGAAGAGAAGAAAAUUAAGGCGAAAUUUUCCAAGCUGAAGCAAAGCCGGGCGAAAAGAGAAGGAAAAAAUCGUUCCAAGAGUUGGGAUGAAGAUUCGGACACGGACGGUAUGAAUUCUGAUACGACCAUCAAUAGCAAAUACAACCCUAAAGAUCAACACAAUAAAAGUGGCAUUACAACUUCGGAUGACGACGAACAUUUGCCCACGACACCACGUAUCCGGCGACAAACGAAGGAUCAUUUGUUAACUGAUUCGGAAGAGGAACAUAGUCGCAUUCGAAGUAACCGUGAUCGACUGAAUAAUCUGUGUGACGAUGAAAGUUCCGAAGGCGAUCAAUCGAAUAAGCGUACUCCGUACACACCGCGACGCUCAUCGAGCGAGAAGAAAGCGUCCCGCAAGAAUUCACGGUCGACAAGAAUACAGUCAGACACUGAUUCCGAAGACAAUGGCUCUCUGUCUCGUCGUAAGCAUUCCGCGCUUGCAGAUCGUGAAAGUGAGUACAGAAGUACAGUGGUGGAUGACUGUAAGUCUGAUUCCAAAACCGAUUCUCUGGUAAUUAAACAGGAAGUUAAAAGUGAAGAAGAUACCAACCAGGAAGAGCUCGGAGCUAAAGUUGCUAUCAAAGUUGAAACAAAAGUCCAGCCUCCCUCGGCUUUGAUUACCAGUGAUGUAUCGGACGAUGAUGUUGUUAAGAGUGUCGUCAAAUCAGAACUGAUUCCAUCUACUAUGAUCAAAAAGGAGCUUGUGGUUGAAGUUUCUCCCUAUAAUAGCAAGUGCUUAGAGCAACUGUGCGGUUCGGUAGCAUCUGACAAUGAACCAACCAGCGCAGUUGCGGCUAAUGCAGACAUUGAUAACACUGUCAGUUCUGCAGUUGAUCAUCUAAUUUACGAUCAUUCGGAUGCGAAGAAGAAGCACAAGAAGAAGCAAAAACGUCACAAAACAGCGGAAUGCUCUGAAUCGGAUGUUAAGAGCGAAAAAGCACAUUCUCCGCAUGAGGAUAAUGGUAUGACGGUCGAAACAUCGAAGGGAAACAGUGACGAACAGGUUUACGCUAGUUCGAAGAAAAAGCAUAGCGGCAAGAAAGAUAAGCGUCGAGAUCGUACUAAGGAGGAGUACGAGAAAUCGAGCAAGUCAAAAAGAUCCAAGAAUAAGCAUAAGGAAGGUAGUAAACUUUCAGAGCUUGUUACAUCUAACACCAAGCGCGAAGACAAGAUGGAAGAUAUUUUCGGUCCCAUUUCCGAUGAAGAAUCGCAACAUUCAUCGGUGGAAACGGAAUCAUCAGUUAAACGUGAACCAAUUGACCACCAGCCGAGUACGAUAUCAAAGGAAGACUCAAAGCAACAAGAGAGAUCGGCGGGCGAAAUUGAGUUGACAGUAAAGGAAAAAGCCAAAGAGGAAUCACGGAGAAGAAGAGAACGGAAACGUCGUGAACGUGAAAAGAUUAGGGCUGAGAUGUCUAUGAAGGAAGAAGAUAACAGUGUGGAUCUCGACGAAGCUGGUCGGGCGCUCGAAGCUCAGCUGAUGAGUGAUUCCGAUCAGAAGGCUGACGAUGCAUCACCAACUUCAACUAUCGCGACCAGUGGUAAACGAUCAUCUGUUGAUGUGAUGGAUGUGUUUCGUUUUACAGAUGGAGAUGACAGUAUGGAAACAUCCUUUAGUGAGAAGAAAGAAUCGGAUCAUAGUCGCCGAGAGAAGAAAAAGAAAAAGAAACGCGGAAAAGAUGAGAAGCACAAGCAUCAUCACACCAGCGGUGGUGGUAGUAAUCAUUCUAAUCCGCCAACAACUACACCGUUUACACCCACAAGUAGUAAGCUGUCGCUAGAUAUUAUCUCAGCACAGCAGGAAGAUUCUAAGCACAACUUAAGCAAGCCAUCACCGAGCUUACCUUGUUUGCUGGAAGAUAGUCCGCCCUGUGUAAACCAGCAAUCGGCUCUUACGACACCAACGGCGACUUCAUCUGAACCAAUACCAUCAACAACCCUAACUGGCCGUAAAAUGUCGUGCUCUACGCCAACUAAAGAAAUGGAAGAAGCAAGCAUGAAAACUAGUAGUGACGAUAGCCUUACUGCAAAAAAUUCGGAUACGAGCUUUUCUCAUCAAAAACGCAAAUCUGAGAUUAUUCCUGGCUUCAGAGAGAUCGACCAACAGUUGCACGAGAAAGCAGUGCUCUCAAUUUCAGGCGAAUUCAUCACUGAAAAGAGCGAUAAAGAUGACCUCAAGCUUUCAGAUACUGACAGCUCUCAGAAAGAAAAAUCUGACGACUCAAAAGUGGAGGAAAAAUCUCGAGCCGUCAUCUCUCAGGAAGAAACAGAGGAUGCAGUUGCGGCAUUGCUCGGCGAAAGCUUUGGGACCUCGAAUGCUGAUUUCUCUAUGGAUUAUUCGAUUGAUCCAGCCGAAGAGUCGUCAUCUCAGUUAAAUACUGAUCCACCUCAAAUCCCAGAGGAGGACGAUGAAGAGAUGAAAAAAGCUAUUCUCAGCUUGAAUACGGAAGAGCACAUUAAGCUCGAUAUGAAACCGGAUACGCCGCAGUCCGAGCAUGAUUUGCAGAUCGAUACCGACACAGAUGAUGGGCCAGAUGAGGAACAUUCGGCUAGUUUGCCACGAUUCGAUAACCCGCCAAAGACACCGGACGUGGAUCUGAGUCAGAUUGGAAAAUCGUUUUCUGAUAGUGCAAGUAGUGGUUCUACUUCUGAUUCCACAAAGAAAGACGAGAAAUUGGAAAUGCCUGAUACUCCUGGUAAAAAUGUUGUGAUUGAAAACAGUCCACCUUUGGCUACAUCGAAAGAAAACCCGGUGGUCUCAAGCGUGAUUGCCAAAGUCUCGCAAACAAUUAUGGAAACUACUGUUCUCAAAACAUCAUCAGCAUCGGUUAAUAAACCAACUCCUAUAAUUGUGCAAAGUCAAAGAAUGCCAACACCAACCACCAUCGUUUCUGGUAAAGAAGUGUAUAAUAAAACAGUUCCGGCAGUUGCAUCACCUGCCAAACCUUUAACAGUAUUCACAUCAAGCGCACCAUCUACUCCAAGCAAAUCAAUACCGAGUGUAACACAGAAAACUACAUCGGUGUGCGUUCAGCCAGUGCAAGCACUAACACCUCCGCAAAUACGCCAUCAGUAUAUUAUGCAGGCACCUCCUACAAUCAAUAUUCCAGAACAACAUACCGUGUACCACACUAUGGAUACUGUAAUGUCUCCCCGUGGACCGAACAUUGGCGAUCCUAGAGUGCAUUCUCCUAAGUUACAAAUUCAGCCGCAACCUUCAUUUAUAAGAACUACGUCACCGACGGCAACUAGUCCAAAUAUACUACGUCCGCAGUCCUUGCCGAACCGUCAGUCUCCACAGCUCAGUCCUGUUUUGAGUCCACAUCCUAUGAUUAUUCAUCAACCAAGCGGACAUAUCUUAAUGUCAUCGACAAGUUCCAAUAAUCAGUUUGCACAUAAAGCAGGCCAAAUACCACAGCCAGCAUACUCUGGAGCGCGGUUCCCUAUUGGCGCACAGGUGAAGACAGUUUCAUCAGCGCAGAAAACGAAUGAGCCAUUGACCAAACAGAACAUUAAUACUUUUGGUAUGGUGCCUGGAACACGAAUCGUAACGACCAUGACAAAUGUUGCAGCUUCCUUGCCAAUUAUUGGAAGCGAAAUGACUACCAUUGCUGGAUCGGGAACCAAAGUAACGGCUUCUUCAACGACAAUGCCCGUUACAACUUACGUAAUUCACAAUACAAAAGCACUGGAAUCAGGUCAAAAGCCUGGCGGAACACCAACCAAAACAAUUAUUCAUCAACAGCCAGUUUAUAUUCAGCACGCGGUCAAACAAUUCGCACCACAGACCCCAAUAUCUGUUGUGCAAGCACCACUGGGCGCUAAUAUUCAAUCCGUUCGACAAAUAACCCCACCAACGGUAACCACUACAACAAGCAAUGUAAUUGUCGCUAGGCAAAAAGAAGACAAUAAAUUCCAAAACUCCACAACUACAAUGACUUCUAGUUCGAAUCUUCCGCUUGAAAUGCCCACAGAUAUUGUCACUUCGCUUGAAAGCCCUGCCAAAGUACAGACUUCAACUGAGCAACAAAAGUCAGAAACAGAUGAGACCGCUUCGGCUCCUUGCGAAACUAAAUCAGUUUCAGCAUCUUCGAACGAGGAAGGAAAAGCACUGUCGGAAUCCAUGUUGACAGAGGAGAAUGUGGCUAAAAUUCCUGACAAUUCCAGUGGCAGCAAUGUUCUUGGAUUAGAUCAGGAAGAUCAAGAGGGGGAUUCCAAAGAAGACAGUGAUUAUUGGUCUUCUAAAGAUACGAUUAUCGACUCGGUUAUUAAGAAGGUAGAUGCUUUAUGUUCCGAAGAUGAUGCUUCCGAAGGUGGUUCCGAGUUGAACAAAGAAGACUGGAACAACCGAGAUGAUAAGUCGAAGGUGGCUGACACCAGUUCAUCCCAUGCAAGUGGAAAAGAUGCUAUGGACGUGACCAAAUCGGAAGAAACAAUAGAUGACGUUUCCAAAGCGGAUGAAUCAACUGGAACGCAACCGAAUCCUGCGUCAUUGAGUACAACAACCGACAUGACUGCUAAUUCAUCUAUCGUGAGCAAAACUACGCCGUCGAGUGAAUUAGUAACAGAAGAACAUAUUGCAGAGCCAAUUAGUUCGGAGCAUGUUGCCCAAGAAACAUCUACGCGCGGUGGUAAACGUGGUGGCCGUCGUGGAGGAAGGAAGAUUUCUGAGAGUAUGUCCACUCCAACUAAAUCAUCCGUAAUAGAGAAAUCACCGGAGGCAGAAGUUAACCCGGCUUCCAGAAGAGGCGGUAAAACAGGUCCAAAACGGGGUCGUGGUGGUGGAAGAGGUGGCAGUGGUCGAGGUGGUGUUGUUACUCACAUACAAUCUACAACUCCACCUGAUAGUAAAGGUAAAGCGGCAAACUCCUCUGGAUCUGACGUCUACGAGUUCCACGAUGAUUCAGGUGAAGAAGUAGUAUCUGGUGAUAAGCAAGCAAACGAUACGCGACCAAGACUGAUAUUGACCAUUAAAAAUCAACCUCCAGUUUCCACUGCUGCUACAACAAGUGUCCUGGCUACAGCUCCAGCGACAAAUGCUGCCCCAAUAGUUUCUACCACUGUAAGCAGUGCUAUUGCUAUGAACAUACCGGUGAAUCCUCAACUACAACCAACAACCUCCUGUCCUGCUACGCAACCGCCGGUAGAAGCCCAAAGUAUUCCUGCACCCGCUUCCGACUCUUCGAAGGAGGAGUUUGCUCACCCAUUGGCGAAUACCCGAAAAUCGCGUCGCUUACUGGAGAAAGAUGGACGCACUACAGUUGACGAUAUCAUCGAAGACGUUAUUCGCAACGGCCCGUCACUGGGAGCUACACCUACUGCUCUGUCGGCGGUACCUCAGCAAUCGCCGCAAACAUCAAACAUGAUCGGUCAGCAAUUCCAACAGCAACCUUCGAUGCAUGCAUUGUCAUCGGUCGGUGGUUCACUUGGAACGAUCGUACAGUCACAACACCAACCACCCCCACCACUACCGUCAACUGGUGAAGAUUUUUCUGCACAAACGGGUCGAAGACACACUAGGCACAAUGCAGCGACAGUUAACGCUCCCAUUGGUGAUGCCCGUAAAUCUCCGCGGGCAGGUCGGAAAGGUAAAGAUCGCAAGAUAUCUGAAAGCUCAGUGGAUAGCAAUGACGAGAAAUCAGCAAUACUAACAGUAAGACCUACUCAGAUCGACGUAAAGGCUGAUGAAAAGUCCGUUGCAGAAGCUCUAACCGCAACUACACCGGUAACACCAAGUGUUCCAGUUACUCGACCGAACGAGAUGGCUUCGCUGGCAGAUAAGGCAAUGACGAAAGAGAAACCGAAACCAUCUGAAGAGUUCAAAUCGGAUAUUGGUCCCAUUGGCCCAGCGAACAGCUCACUAACGUUGAUUGAUCCAGUAACGGGUGAACUAACGGUCAUGCGAACGGGCAAGGAAGGUCAGUAUGUUCCAAUGCCAAAUGCUCCGCAACCACUCAAGAAAGUAAUUGCAGCAGCGGUCAACGCAGCUCAAAACGCAGCGGAUCAAUUGAAAAGUACAACUUCAUCACCUACACCUCCCAUUUCGGCGUCAGCUUCACCAGUUUCAAAUCGUGCUCCUACACCUGGAACUGUACCAUCACCUGGAAUGACACGAGUACCAACACCCAACACAAUAGUGGCACCUCAUCCACAGCAACAAUUGGAAACACACAAAAUUUCUACAUCAAUGCUUGUCAAGCAAAGUAGUCCGCUACCGCUAACGUCUCAAAGUCCGUCUAUUCCUGCUACCACUGUGGUUAUACCAUCACCCCACACUAGUAUAGCAGGAACUGUAGUGAUACAGCAAGGUCUUUCAAGUGGACAACCUCAAACUGUCGUGCAACACAGUUCAGCUAAACCACAUACCUUAAAGGCACAUGUGUUGAACUCGCAACAGCAGAUGAUGCAACAACAACAGCAUCCACAGCCUGGCAAACCGUACCAACAAGCAACCUCCCAACAGCCACAGAUUGUGUAUAAAUCGGUAAUUCCACAACAACCAGGUGCCAUUCAUACUACCACUGGCAAACAAAUUCAUCCAAGUACUAACAUCAAGUUGGGAUCGCAAACCAUCCAAGGGAUUCAUACUCAGACUGCCCCGCCGCAGCAAAUCAUCAUUCAGAAUACAAUAUCCCAGCAACAACCACAGAUGACAAUCAAUAAACACACACUCAUCAACAAACAAUCGCAACAACAACAACAGCAGACUCAUCAAACUGCCAUUCAUCACCCGCCUGGCAGUGGAAACUUGCUAAUCAACAUACCGCAAAACAUGCAUCAGCUUGGAAACGUGCCAAUGUCUCCGAGACUACCCCAGCACCAUCAGGUGGUGAUCGCCAGUUCGAAACCUGGUCAAACAGGACCACCCGUCGUUAUGCAACAAACUCAAGCACAACAUUCACCACAAAUUAUCAACAAACAGCAGCCUCCGGGACAAUCAGGGCAACCGUCCGGUACACAACAAAUCAUUAUUCAUAGUGCCAAGCUUCCGUCAAGUCAUCAGCAGAUUCCAACAGGCUACACAACUGUGCUGCAAACGGGAGGCAAAAUUAUCCAUCAAGGUCCUAUUCAACUGGGACCUCAACAGCAGUCUCUUGGCGUUCCCGGAAAGCACGCAACCCAGACGAUUCAGAUCUCCGGUUCCGGUUCAAAUGUUGGUGGUGGUAUUCCAUUGCAUUACCAAAAUCAACCUGGACCACAGCAAACAACGAUUGUGCACAAAACCAUCACUACUGUUCACGGUAACCCACAACAACAGGUUAAAGUCCAACAGCAAUCGCAUCACAAGGUUGUUACGGGUGAAGCUCAUAUGCAACCGGGCGGCCAUCUUGGUGGAAAGCCGUUGGUGCAGCACAACGUUCCUGGUAAGCUAACGUCGCAAUCUCAGCAGCUUGCCGGCCAAAAUCAAUCGAUGGGAUUGGGUAAAGUCAACCAUGUGAUAUCAUCAGCCCCGCCGGUAUCCAGUGGUAACCAGCAACCACCUCAGCCACAGUCGUCGCAAUUGCUAACAAUGCAGCAACAACAACAGGGCAGCAAAGGAAUUGUGUCUCCCCAUCUGCAUCAGGCGCCGCAAAUUUUGACUGGUGCAGUUGCCAGUCCUCCACUGAAGCAACCGCACAUGCAAAGCCAGCAGCCGAUUGUGGCAGGAGCCAGCAGUGCCCGGGUGGCAAUACCGUCUAUCAGCCCGCAAGGUCAACAGCAGCAGCCAGGUCAGAAUACGCAGCCACCACUCGGAUCACAUUUGAGGCAUGUGCAACAACCAGGAUUGAAUGUAUCCUCACAAGUUGCAUACGAAGCCAAUCCGACGGAUGCUGCUUUCCGCGGAGGAAUGCCUCGAGAUUACGUUAAGUACAUGUACGGCAGAAGUAAUAUUCAUAUACCAAGCAGAUCGCCAUUGCUCCCCGGUUCGGUCGAGCAGCGUGAUCUUGCCGAGAUGGAAGAAUCGAUUGCAGCCAGCCCGCCUUUGGAACUAAGACGCCCAUCUAGUGGACCACGCCCCCUGACAACUGCAGUACCUCACAGUUUACAAAGCCCUGGGGAUCGGUCGACAGAUUCACCUCAAGUGGCUCAAGUUUACAUCGGUAGUGCACGCAUUCCCCAUACAUACUCGGACUCGCUUAACACACGAUUUUACGACCCAGCAGCUGGAGGUCCGAAUGCUCCACCACGUUCGCUAAGUGCUGAACCACCUCCAGCUCACCGGCCACAUAACCUAACGGCUCCCAGUGGAGGUUUCCCGCCAGGCUCCUAUCCAGGAACACCUAGCCAAACACCGCCUCCACCAUCACCGGCUAAUCUGUCACAGCAACAAGUUCAACAACAACAGCUGCAGCAACGAGAUAUGCAGCAACAGCGAGACCGUGGUCAAGCACAAGGUCAUACUCCGACUACGCCCAUUUCCGCAGGCCCACUACCGGCCCAUACCGGUGGUAUUACAGCGGUUCUAUCACAACAGGCGUCAUCAGCAGCGGGCAGAGGCAAACCACAGAUUGCAACACCGCCGAUUGGAGCACCGGUUGCUGCUGCACCGACACAGAGUGAUUCACUGGAAGCGUUGCUGCAACGAUAUCCGGUUAUGUGGCAGGGUCUUUUGGCCCUCAAAAACGACCAGGCUGCCGUACAGAUGCACUUCGUGCACGGUAAUCCCGGUGUUGCCGGCAGUUCGCUGCCGAGUAAUAGCGACGGGACGACCCCUCCGCUGCGUAUUGCCCAGCGAAUGCGGCUUGAACCAGCGCAGAUUGACGGUGUCGCACGAAAGAUGCAAGUGGAUCAGGAACACUGUAUGCUACUGGCUUUGCCCUGCGGGCGUGACCGUAUGGACGUAGUGCAGCAGCAGAAUAAUUUGCAAACCGGAUUUAUCACAUACCUACAGCAGAAACAGGCCGCCGGUAUUGUUAACAUCGCAGCGCCGGGCAGUUCCCAGGCCGCCUAUGUAGUGCACAUAUUCCCGUCCUGCGAGUUUGCUAACGAAAAUUUGGCACGUAUCGCACCGGAUCUGAUGCAUCGGGUGGCAAACAUUCAGUAUCUGCUGAUUGUGAUUGCCACAGUAUAAAAUGACAUGAUAAUCCCGAACUGGACUAAAUUAUAACCGAUUUUGACAACUUUAAAUGAAAGCAGGACGACGUGUAAACGCUUGCUGAAGAGCUAAUUACUGAUCUCAUUAAAUUACUGAUUUACUAGUACUACUAGCGAGAGAAAAGAGACAAACGUAAGAAAAGAGGCAGAAUGAGAAGAUGAGGAUGAAAAUGUACCCUAAACCGUUCAUGAAAGCAGUGAUAAUUUAGGUUUUUAAAGGAAGAAAGACACGCUGGAAGAUGAUAGAGAUAGGGCAGAUAAGAGAUGCUAGUGUUGAGCAUAAGUUGUUGAAUAAUAUGAUAAGAAAGAGUAAUAAAAGUGGUAAUUUAUAAGAAGCUAUUAAUAAAUGGUUAAAUAAUCUUAAACGUAACUGCAAAAAUAAACUGGCUAUUGAUAAAGAGGAAAAAAUAAAGUAAGGACGCUAGAAGAAAACAGAAAGCCACCAAAAAGCUGUUUCUAAUUAAUAUUUGACAGUUUCAGUGAUGAUUUGGAAAGCGAUUUUUCAUUAAUCGUCCACGCAAGAAAAAGAAACCGCAUCAUUGCGCGGAUGAAGAUGACGUUUACGUGAAAACUGUGAUUUUGAUCAUAUUUUUUAAGUAUUAUGAACUCUUUAUAUUGCAAGAGGACAAAGCACGAAAAAAAACAAAGAUACAAAAGGGAAGAUUGGAAACGCGCUAAGCGACAUGUUGAGUAAUUGUAAUUGCUUUUCUUCCGUUAGUUUUUGGUCUUUGUACUUUGAGUCGCGAUUCGAAGUCUGUGACUAUUCUAGAGAAGAGUUUUUCUUCUAUUACAAUACCCUCUUAUUACUAAUUUAUUGACUAUUGUUUUUGUUAACGAAUGUGUAAUAUAGUUUUGCAGAUUUUUUUCGGUUUUCGAAGCAUAAACACCGGAAUUUGUCGAAAUAUGGAGAUGUCGUAUAAUAUUUAUAUUAUUUGUAUAAAGAAAACGAGUGUAAUUGUUGAAGCUGUGGAGCUAGAUUUACACAUACACACGCGCGAUGAAGAAGAACAAGAACAAAUGAGGAUAACACAAGUUGUAUGAUAUAAUAUUAUGGCAUAAGUUAUUGAUAAAACUCAUGGUAGUGAACAAAAUCUAUAAUUGUUUCUAAGUAUCGUUGAGGACGAAAUAGAGGAAAUCUGUGUCAAAUAUUACACAGGAUCACACGAAACUAGUAGAAAGAUUAAUGCUAGUAAGGUGAGUUUCCUACGACUAUGCGUUAUUAUUUCAGUUUUAAGCAAAAAGGUGUAAUUUAAGAUUUAGCGGUAAUUAAACUUUACUUUCGAGUGUAUAUAUAAUCUUAACAAAAGAAGAAAAACAAGGUAAAAUAGUCGCUAAAUCGAAAAUCUUUGAAGACCUAAGCAGUUUUAGUGAGUGUGUGUAAGGGAGACAUGGGCCAAUCGAGCCUGAAGCUAAACAUAAACACACUUAAGUACCCGCUAAACUAAAAAAAGGAACAUAAAAAAAUCAAUACGUGUAUAUAUAUACUACAAGGGAAUAAAAGCUGUUAAAAAUAUUAAAAUCAUAACAAUCAUGAUCGUUUACAAGAAGGUAUAGAAAGCAUUGAAUGUGGGAAGUGUCUUCUAUUUUUCUUUACACUUGGAAAGCUUUUUUUUCUGUGGCGGAACUCUCUUGAGUUGCACUGUAGAGACGACUCGUAGGGUUGCAGAAUAUGACGUGCACAAUGUGAUGCAGUUUUGGGCAGCUCUGAAAAUUAAGUUGUUUUCUUGCUCCUUUGUCUUUGGUGACUAAUGGUGAAGUUUUAUAAAAUGUAGAUGUAGGAAGGGAAACCAAAUUCAUUGCUCAGUAGAAUGGUAGGAGAAAUGCACAUCCGCCGUUGUAAAAUCAAUAAGAAGAAAAAAAAGCGUUAAUACGAGAAAAUUCAAUACAAAAAUGAUAGCAAAUAGAAAUAUGCGGAAAUAAUAUGACUUUGGUGGACAUGAACGCAACAGAAUUCAGCAGCAGAAAAUAUGUAAUAUCGAAGAAAUAUUUAGAUAGCAAAAUUAUAUAUGUACUCUACGUAAAAUUCGCGACAAAACAAUGAAAACUUAAAAUAGAUUACUAAACAACAACAGGCAAACUAGCAAAUAUGAAGAACUGAACUUGAACUAGAAAAGAGCACAAGCUUUUCUGUCGUUUUUUUCUCGCUAGUGCUCUUUUUCCAAAAGUCCUUUGACAUUUAUUAUCCAACCAUCUUUUACCAGGCACUGGAAAUGUCAUCAUUUGACAGCCAAGCAGAAACGCAACUUAACAGAUAGUUGAAAGAGCUAAACAGAAAUAUAAACAGAAAAAAAAUAAUAAAAAAGCAGAGAUCAAAUAGUAAAAAUGUCAUCAAUAUGAAUCUAAGCGGGAGAAUGUAGAUUUUCCACGGGAAAUCACACGAUGAAACAGAUGGAAACAAACACACAUAGCCACACAUACAAAUACACACACACACACAAAAGCAUGAGCAAGAAAGUAUAACAUUAAAGAAACUGCUGUAAAUGGAAAUCUUACAACACACACCCACACACCUACAAAAAUACGAUUAUUUAAGAAGAAAAAGAAAAAUGAAAAAAAGUUGAAACAGCGUAAUAUUAUUAUUAACUGAUUGUGAUCAUCAUAAAUGAAUAUAAUGUACCUUUUUCUGUAAA